AUGAAGAAGAGACCUGCGAGUCGGCCUGUGAGCCGUGCGAGUGCGGCUUCAGCUUCAGGGCCUGCCGAAGUGCCGGUGCCUUCAGCGCCGGCCGAAGUGCCUGCGCCUUCAGUAACCUCAGUGCCGGCCGGAGUGCCUGCGUCGCUCCUGAAGCGUGCUAGAUCUCAGCGUCCGUCGCAGUUUCAGGCGCCGACAGAUAGCCGCAUUUUCGGGAACCUCGACAGCUCUGACGAUGAUGAUUUGAUUCUUCCAGCUUCUUGGAGCUCCACGAAGACUUCGAAGGCACGUAGUGUCGAUUCUUUCAAGCAAGCAGUUAUCACUCGGAUGUUGCACUUGGCACUUGCCUGUUGCUGCAGUGUGUUUAUCGCACUCUACGACGUCAGCCCAGCUUGUCCGAAGUAUGCAGCGGGCGCCAUAGGCCACCGACGCACACAUUUGCGGCCUUUGCUUGUCAUGUUCGAUGCACCAGAUUCCGGCGAUGGGCUGGGGAUGGACGCUGCUCCUGAGCAGCCGGUAAAGGCCGAGCCGACCGAGCCGGUCGAAUCCCCUGUGAAAGGCUCCCCAGGUCUCGGGCUCGUGGCUGAUCUUUCUCCAGCCAAAGAGAAGGACAAGGAUGUUGCGGAGGAAGGGGUUGAAUCAUCCUCGGCAUCUGCUGGUGUGUCACUGCCCACACCGGGCGGUUCGGCCGGCACUCCUACGUGUCCUCUGUGCAAUCUCAGGACAGCUGCCAACAAGUCGAAGUGGUGCAGCGUGUGCAAAGCAGACGUGCAAGCCGCGCGUCGCGAGUCGCAGGACAAGGGCGAAGGCGAAUGGUUCCGCAACCUGCUUCGCAGCGGCGGGGAGCCGCUGCAAGACUUCAUGCACGAGUAUGUCAAAAUGAACGGGGCCACGAGAAGAAAAUAUUCGCAACGCGUCAAGUUUGACUUCUUGAAGUACAAGGAGGCUCGUCGGAUCCAGACCAGCUUCAAACUUGGCUACAAGGCCGUCUUUAUGCAUAAAGCCCGGGCGGUCAACCACUGGGUCGAGCGGCUCGGCAUGGAUCGGAAGCAAGCCCUGGAUCGCUGGGAUACGGAGGUGGCUGCUGCCAAGGUGACGAACCAAAACGGACCCGUUGGGUCACCUCUUCAGAUCCCUGUCAAACAGGAUGAUUUUAUCAUCGUGGAAGAUGCGAUUGUGGACGAAAAGAUCAAAGAGAAAGAAUUCAAGAGACAGAAGUUCUCUGAUGAGGUGGAGGGGUUAAUGGAUGAAGGUCUGCUUGGCAGAGCAGGCAGCGAGGAGGACAUCGAGAAGUUCGGUUUGGCUAGGAUGGACAACCCAGACAUGGUCUCUAGCUUGUUCGGUCGUCCCAACAAGAUUGCUGUUGUCAAUGAGCCCGCUGCCGAAGCAGAGAAGGAGCCCAAGGAGAAGGAGAAUCGGAAGUCUUUUGAUGCAGCUACAGAGAAGCUGGCGUUGCAAAACAAGUUGAACCAGAUGCUCGACAAAGAAGCCACUGCUCUUUCGCAUGUUGCUGAGGAGGUUGGUGCCUUCAUGGAUGAGAGUUUCGAUGCCGCGCUGGCAUCGACCGAGACCCCGCUCAACGAGCUGGCGGCAAUGAAACUGCUGCGUGCCAGGCGGUUCGUUGCUCGGGCUUUGCUUGGAAGUUACGCUCCAGGCAGAGCGCAGACGGAUGAUCCUGCGAAAGGGCAAGAGGAUGCCGAUCACUACGAGGCCGUCUUGAAAUCCAACGCGGAGGCAGAGCUGCCGGAGUCGUUUUUGCAGAUGCAGCCUUUGCUGCACAUCUCCCAGAAGCUUGGCACUUCGUUGAAGACUUUGGCGACACCCGCUGAAAGGAAGAGCAUCGAGACUGACUUUAAGCCUGUGGUCAACAUCAUAUCGCUCAUGCGGACAUCCCUCAAAUCUGCGCUAGACAAGACGAAAAAGUUCAGCAAAGAUCGCCUCACCCGUGUGGAGCGGGUGAAGCGCCAGCAAGACCAGCAGGCAGUGAAGGCAAUCGAUAAAGAAAAGAGGAAGAGAGAGCAGGAGGCUCAGAAGAUCAACAAAGCUGCGGAAAAGCAGGGGCGAGUUGACAACAUCUUUGGCAUCGAUUUGCUGAAACUCGGCAUCCGUGCACUUGCGCAUCACACGCUCGAGAAGGCGGAGGAUGUCAAAGGCUUGAACUUCAGCAAGCCCUUCCUGCUGAAAGCCGAGUCCCCUGCUCUCUCCCAGAUCCAGGCCGCUUGCCAGGACCAACAAAUCAAGACAUCCAUGGACAGCUUCUACAACGGCUUCCCAGGAAGUGCGGCUUCCUUGAAAGGGAGCAAGCGGUUUACUGCUUUGAUCAAGGAUACUGCACCUCUACGUGCCAAGAUCUUGGAGAACUUGGAGAUCCCAGUGCGGCCGCCUCCUCGUGAUGCAGAUUCCACGAUGGUGACUGCGCUGCAGGGUGUUUACUCUUGGGCCUACGGAGAAGACAUGCUGUCGACCGGCAGCUUUGAGGCUUCCCAGCUGCCAACGAUUCGGAUUCAAACCCAAGGACAUCGCUGGCUAAUAUUCGUCUCCCUCGAUAGUUUGGUCAGCUACAUUCGCAGCUGCAGGCGAGGAGCUCCCGUCGCGCAUGCAGAUGUGAUUGAGUGUAUGCAGAGUAUGCAACCCCACACCAUGGCGGCUUUCCUCAGCAUGCAUCCGGAUGCUGUGCAACAUGGCCUCGUGACGAAGGGUAGCAUAACUUUUGUGCCGGCAGCCUAUCUGCUGGCUGAGAAGGCCGGGGUCUGGGGCUCUUGUUCUGUGAACGCUUUGUUGCGGUCUGUUCUCAUGUGGCCCGAGUUAGUCGCCUUCGUACGGCAGGUCAUCAACAUGCGGUGCGCCUUCGGCCUCCGGGUCCAGUUCUUGCCUGACUUGGAUGCCUCAGACAAGAACAUGGAGGUGCUUGCGAAUUGGUCUUCGAGUGCGGCGAGCUUGGGUGGUCUUUACAAGCAGAAGCACUCCUCCGACGUGAAGAAGGAAGCCGCUGAAGCAGAGAGGAAGCUGGAGGAAGAGGCCAAAGCACAGGUGGUGGAAGAGCAAAGGCAAGCUGAAGCAGAGAGGAAGCGUUUGGAGGAGGCCAAAGCAAAGGAGGUGGAAGAGCAGACGGCCACCGCUGAAGCAGAGAGGAAGCGUUUGGAGGAGGCGGCCAUGGCAAAGGAGGCGGAAGAGCAAAGGGCCGCUGCUGAAGCAGAGACGAAGCGUUUGGAGGAGGCGGCCAUGGCAAAGGCGGUGGAAGAGUCAAGGGCCGCUGCUGAAGCAGAGACGAAGCGUUUGGAGGAGGCGGCCAAAGCAAAGGUGGUGGAAGAGCAAAGGGCUGCUGCUGAAGCAGAGACGAAGCGUUUGGAGGAGGCGGCCAAAGCAAAGGUGGUGGAAGAGCAGAGGGCUGCUGCUGAAGCAGAGAGGAAGCGUUUGGAGGAGGCGGCCAAAGCAAAGGUGGUGGAAGAGCAGAGGGCCGCUGCUGAAGCAGAGAGGAAGCGUUUGGAGGAGGCGGCCAAAGCAAAGGUGGUGGAAGAGCAGAGGGCCGCUGCUGAAGCAGAGAGGAAGCGUUUGGAGGAAGCAGAGAGGAAGCGUUUGGAGGAGGCGGCCAAAGCAAAGGUGGUGGAAGAGCAGAGGGCCGCUGCUGAAGCAGAGAGGAAGCGUUUGGAGGAGCAAAGGGCCGCUGCUGACGCAGAGCGGUAUGUGCAAGAGGCUCAGGAAAAGCAGAAGCAAGCGGCCGCAGAGUACAAGAAGCGCUUGGAGGCGGUUGAGGCGUCGGCGAUGGAAGAUGGGACACAGGCCGCUGCUCAAGCAGAGAAGAACAAGCGUUUGGCGGAGGCCAAAGCAAAGGCGACGAGCAAUGACAAGAUGGAUCAGGCGGCCCAGUUGCAGUGCGCAGUUCGUUGUCACGUUCUUCCUUCUCAUUUGAUUGUACUGUGCUCUUUGAACUCGCUGCCCAAGAUGUUGUGUCCCCCUUGGCAGGGCAAGUCGGCGGCCAACAUCAAGGACAUGCUGGGCAAGCCGAAGCCAUCUGCAGCAAAGGCGGAUGCAAUCCGAGAAGAUCCACUCGAAUGGUGCUUUGCUUGGGCAGAGCGCCACUUGCAGGCUUUGCCAGAUGAGAACCUUCAGCUCCUUCGCAAGAACCUCGCAGAUGGUAUAAUACUUCUGACGCGGUUUUCAGGGCUCGAUGCUCCGGGUGCAGCUGCGCGUGCGAUAGAGAGGGCUGUUGGCAUUCAUGGGCCAGAUACAGGUUUUAUGAUGCACUCUGCAGCAGAGCGGGAUGCACGUGGCCUGAAGUGCCUGCGGCGCUUGGCAGAGCAGGCAGCGUGGGAGAAACACGCACCGUCCCACAUCUUCAAGGAUCUGGAAAACUUCGUUGCAACGGAUGUGCUGGAGAAGAUGAAGGCAAUAGCAGCUUCCAAAGGUGAUUUCAAUGGUUCGGAUGAACGGGAAGGCGCCGCCUUUCUAAUAGAGCUGAUGAGGCCGAUGUUCGAGGGGGGUGCUACAGACGAACCAGUUGUGGCCCCUUGUGAAGUGCAUGGCAGGGAUUGCAAUGUUGUGCCGGACUUUGGUUCAAGGCUCGCUCUCGAGAUCACCGGCAGUCCUUGCGUGGACUGGUCAAAACGUGGCCACCGCAAGCACGCAGGCGGCCCGACAAUGGUAGUGUAUGCAGUGUGGCUGGGGUCGUUCAUCAAAAGUGGACUUCAUCUGCUGUUACAUGAGAAUACCCCCGACUUCAAAGACUACUGCCUGCUGGCUCCGCUUCACUACUGGGCGAGCAGGCAUUGGAAGCUGGAAUGCUUCCGGGUCUGUCCUAGCCAGCUGGGUAUACCGUGCAAGCGUGCAAGGCGGUUCUCCGUGAUCUGGAAUCCACUUCAUGUGACUUUUGAGGGGACCUUCAAGGAGUUUGUGCAGCUCUUUAUGACCCCGACGGAGUACACUGGCAAGAUUUUCUUUGUCUCGGGUGGAGAUCUUGAUAUUAUGACGGCAUCAAAAACACAGCUGGGGACUCGGCAAGCCUACAGUGACAUGUUCAAUGACCGCUGCCGCGAGAACGUGGCAAACUCCAAGGUAUCCAUCUGUGACUUGACGCAGCGGCCGCCAUUCGGGAAAUUGGAGAAGCUUCUGCCGACGCUCGUGACCAACCAUGCGCCUUACUGCCUGGAAUGCAAGAGACUUCUGACGCCUGACGAGUCGCUCAUGUCCCAGUUGCUGCCGGAUGACCAUCCCGCGCGCGAGAUGCUCAAGAACAAGAUGAUCAGGGAUUCGCAUGCCAAGCAUCUGGCAGGCAACACCAUGAACGUUGCAAGUGUGGGGACAGUGAUGCUUUACCUGCUGAGCACCGUGCGUCGCCGCGAAGCACAUCACGAUGAUAUCUUCCAGAGAUCGGACAAGUCGAGUGCUGCGAUGCUGUGA